AUGAACAUCCCGGCGUACUUCUACAGCGAAGAAGAUUUCCGGAUCGUGAUCCGGAAAGCUAUUGAAAUGGAGGGCACGAAGAGCGUUGAGCGUUUACCAGAGACGCAUACUCCUCACUGCAAAGAUUGUGGUGCAGCGUCGAAGUCUUGUGGAAAAACUCCAGCCGGUGAUACGUUUGCUUCUCUCCGUUCAGGUGUAGACGUUAAUGAUCUUCACUCGAGAGUUCUUCGCAUGGUUGGCUCCGCGGAAAAUGACGAGCAGUUUCAAGAUAUCAUUUCGCAUUCUCUGGCAUCCGUUCUCCUUGAACUCUCGAGUCAACAGGAGGGAGUGCGGAAGAAAGUCAUGGAAUUGAUAGUCUACAUGAAUCGACGGUUAAAAACUAAUCCCAACAUUCAGCUUCCUGUUCAAGCUUUGAUAUCGCAGUAUCAAAAUCCGUCCGCUUCUUCGUUUGUUUUGAACUUUACGAUCAUCUAUCUGAAAAUGGGGAUUCCUCGGUUAGACGUUGCAAAGCAAGUCGAGCUACUUCCAUCGCUGAUACAUUGUUUGAAUAACAAGCCGAUUCAGCACUGUGACAGUCUCAUGCGCGUGAUAGUCCCUAUUUUUCAGCAUGUAAAGUUCCCAGCGGACCCGCAUAAAUGCCGAACAAUGUUCGCUUUCGACGAGGACUCGCCUCUAGCAGAUUCACUGCUCAAGUUCAUGUUAGACGUUCUAAUACUUCCUUUGGUUCACAACGUAACCAUUGAUGCUACGCUUCCUAUUGGAACUGCGAUCACGACAAUUCUUAAUGUUGGAUCUUCCAAUGGCAACCGGAAUGGUCAGUCUACUAGCGAUGCAGCAACUAGUACUAAUACGAGUUGUCGUAUCCAUGCUCCGAUGGGCAUGAGCGAUUAUUCUUUCAAGAGAACUACGGGCGACAAUCCGUUGUCGGAAGAUGAGCUCGAACAGGUCAAGUUGGGCAUAAUACGCUUUACAUCCUGUGGGACAUUUAAAGAAGAAAGUGUGGUCUGCCACUUGAUCGUAGGCAGUGCAGACACGCGGUAUUCAAUUGUUAACGAAUCCGAGAAUGCACUCAGGAAAAUAUCGCCAUCUGUGGAUUGGGGAAAAGCCUCAGUGGUUUCUUCUUUGCUUGACCUGUACCUCGGCACACGUCCGUCAUCCGAUCAAGUUCCUGAAAUCGCCGGAUAUCCUUUACCCACUUCCCCGACACUGAGACUCGAAUUGCGACGGUUACCGUCAGCUGCUCGUGUGAGAUUGAAAAUACUACCGUACCUACUGAAAUCUCCGCUUAGUGCUACGAUUUUUCCGGAUAAUCUCUACGUUCCUAUCGAGAGCUUCUUUGGGUUUCAAACAUUGGCCACUGGUCUGUGUCAGAUGACGAUGCAGUUCGUCUAUCACGUCAUCCAGUAUUGCCCCGAGGAGUACAUAAAACCGGUUGGCAAAGUAUUGUUGGAUGCUGCUUUGAAGCUUCUUGAGGAAAACUUGGAGAGCACGAAGCUUCGAAGUUUGCUUUACGUAGCGGUGGGAAAACUGAGUCGGAAAAAUCACUGCCUCCUCAUCGAAGAUCCGAAUUAUCUACGAAGGCUGCUUGUUGACAUUCUGAGAGAAGAAGCGGAAGUGGAACCAUACGUCGAGUGCUGCAUGCUUGAUGUUGGCAUUGCGCUGCAGAAGUUCUACGGCUCUGUCGACUCCGACGAGUUGAUCAAGAAACGUGGCCUUGUCCAAGGGAUUGUGAAACGAUUUUUCUGGAGUGCUAGCGAUCCCGCGUUUUCCAUUCGCCGAAAAAUUGCUGUGAAUCUUGUCAGUGCCGUUUUUCCGCCAAGUAGCGUUGAACUCGCUCAUCUGCUUCUUCACGCUGCUGCAUUUAGUUCUGAUGAACCGCAAGUGGAAGAAAUAGCGCUGACUUUCUUGUCCCUGGAAGCGAAAGGUGAAGGCCUUACGAAGGACGUUCAGUUUUCUUCGAAGAUUGGGCCGUGUGCCACAUAUCCGGCGUUUCAUCUGCUCAUUACGGAGCUCGAGUUUGAAGUCCACGAAACAAACAGUAUUACUUUCGGACAGCCGUGGUGGAAAACGUCGCAUAUUGGGAUUUUAGCCAUAAGUGCGUAUUUGAGAGCCUGUCUCGGAUUCGAAGCUGGCCUCGGAUAUUCACCUGGAGACACUGAUAUUCGCGCGCUGCGGAAGUUUUUGGUGACGAAAUGGGAUAUUGACGAACGGACAAAGUUGGAUUCGCUUGCAAGCUACGCUGCGAUUCUCCACAGUGCAGUUGCCAGAUGUGUUUCGGAGAACAGUGAUGUGACAAAUCCUGUUGUCCUCCUGCUGGAGAUUUUCGCUGCGGUUCCUGAGUUCGUGAUUCCCAACAGCGUAUUCCUCGGAGAAGUUGAAUUUUACAAGCGUUUCUUGGAUACGAAGAAAUAUGUCGUCCGAAAUGCUGCGUGUCAAAUUCUGGGGCUCAUCGCUGCUUUUGGAAUGGAUGAUAAAGCCUUUUUCGCCUUCCUGAAAGUCCUGUUAGCUCAGGCAUUGGCAAAAUUCUGGGAAUCGAGUAAUCAGCACAUUUGCCAUCUUGUAUUUGGUUACGCUGUCGGCAACCGUCACUCCAUCUUCAAAGGGAUUCAAACAGGAGAGAUCUCGCGCAUUUGUGCGAAUUCCCCGUGGACCGUCGACUUGAUCGAGAGGAUGGGGAAGUUUGGUUGCAAGACUGAUGCCAGUGUUGUUGGCGUGGUUGUCAAAGGAAAGAAGAAGAAACACACCAAGGAUUCGAAGGAUUGCUGGAAGACCUGGUUACCACAAAUGAAUCUUGCGGAAAUUGAAAGCUCUGUUAUCGUCCAGCAAUUCACUAGUUUGUUGGGGAUUUUUCUGUACCGAAAUCGAAACCGAAUCGUCCUAGUUGCUGGCGCCUGCGUAGCUCUUGGGGAGAUCGGUCGUCGUGGUCCCUUGUCUCUGCAAACUGAGGGUGAAUCGGGAUUGGAAAGCAAAAGAACUACCAACGGUGGUGGCCUAGAUAAUGGUUCGGACGAAGACAGUCCCUCUGUCAAGACUGUUGUUGAUAGACUAUUGGAGAUCACGGGAGACUCCAGCCUACCUGUCCAAACGCGAGCGAAAAGUGCGAUUUGUUCCGGACUCGUCUGCAUGGGCGACCCACAGUUCCCGCACGUGCGAUACAUCAUGAAGGCUGUGCUGAAAAUGGCAUCGCAAGUCAAGGAAGUCGAGCUGUUGUUGGCUAUGGGGAAAUGUCUGUCAUUCGCUGGUGUCAAGUCGAGUGGUUCUGUCGUGAACGAUGCCUGGGUGACGACGCUCCAAAACCCGGCUCCCGGAAAGUUGCUCAAGAGCAGCGAAGACUUCAAAUGGCUAUUGGAGCAAAUGCUUGUGGAGUCGAGAAAUAGUGCGAUUCGACAGGCGCAUUGCGUGUUCCUCUUCUCUUUGCUGAUCGAGUGUAGCAAUCAGCAGGCAUUGCAAGAUAGGCUGGUUAGAGUGCAGCGAGCUCUAAUUGAUUUCAUAGCCGAUGUUCCUGAUAUAAUUCAAGAUCUGGCGUUGAAAGCAAUCGUCAUGGUUUUUUACGCAAGCACUGGGAACGCUACGAAAGCUGUCUUCGAUGGCUUACUGGAAUAUUUUAGAAUUUCUUCGGGAACCAAGGAAGUAACCGGAGUGAAAAUGAAAGAAGUUACCAGUGAGAGUGGCAAACUCAUGUUAUUGAAGGAGUUCUGUGAGUUUGCCUUGGAUUUGAAGAAACCCGACGUUGCCUACAAGAUGCUUGAUAUCUUUUGUCUGCAAGAGCUUCAGGAGUCGCUGAAGAAGGACCGCGUUCAGCUGAUGGUUGUACCUUCUAGCUCAACGGCUGCGAACGCCUUGAAAUCGGAAAUUUGUUCUCUAGUCCCAAAGCUGUUCCGAGCCCGGUUCGAUCCAAAUGCCGAGGUCAAGGCGGCCAUGGAUAUUAUUUGGAAGACUUUAUUGCUCAAUACCAACGUGAUCUAUAGUAUGUUCGUGCCAAUCAUCGAGGAGUUGAUCAUUGGCCUGAACCACAGCGAGUGGCGAGUCAGGGAAUCGUGCUGUGAUGCCGUAUCGGAGAUCAUGACCGGCUGCGGCCAUCUCCUCCUCCUCAAACACGUGCCUUGUCCUGAAGGACACUCCAAACCCGUCAUUUGUGAUAACGAUUCCAAUAACUCUAGUCCUUUCAAUGCUCCUCCGACGACUCCGAAACGGACCGCGUCCAAGUGGACCUUUACUCCGAGCGACCAGCAGUUGUCGCAAGAUGCCAUUGGUAGGCUGUGGACGGCGCUGUUGGUGAAUAUCGGAGACGAGCAAGAGUCGGUGAGGAAGGCGGGCGAGCAUGCCCUGGAGGCGUUUCGAAAGGGAUUCCUUGUGGCAGCCAUGACAACGUGCUUGCAGGCGGAUCAGCUCAUUGAGCUCGCUGUUCCUGCCCUGGUGAACGUUGGACUCACCAGCUCUGUGCCUGAGGCCAGAUUGUGCAGCAUGAAGUGCAUCCACGAGUUCUGCACAGAAUCCCGGUUCCCCGCCCUCAAGUCUCAGGUUCACGUAUUGAUCCCGGCCCUGUUGAAGUACCGAGGUGAAACGGAACCGGAGUUCAUAAACCAGCUUUCUGCCACCAUGGGCGAAGGUGCGGAGCCAGCGUUGCAAGAAACCUACGCCCGGAUGCGGCUUGCUUCCUUGCACUUCUCACCUGCAAUGGAAAGCAUAAAGAAGUUGACGUCCCUGGUUGAUGAGAACUCUUUGAAAGAACUUGUGCCUGCGUUGAUCGACUUGAUGAAGACCUCCAGUUCCUUGGUCACCAAGGCGGGAUGCGCGCACGUUGUUACUCAGCUCGUUCAUUGCCACGGGCAGCUGUUGCAGCCGUAUUCGGGAAAGUUGCUGGCAGCGUUGGUCGGAAACUUGAACGACCGGAAUAUUCUAGUCCGCAAGAACUAUGCAAAUGCUAUCGGAUUUCUCAUGGGAGUCGCCAAAAUUACUUUGCUGCAGAAGCUGGGGGAUAAAUUGCAAGUUUGGUAUUUGGACAAAGACGAAGACGAAGAAUCGCACCUUAUUUGCAGUAUUACCGUGCGAUCUGUUUGGAGGAACAGCCCAAAGGUCGCCGCUUAUCAUGUGUAUUGGUCCAUGCCACUAGCCUUUUUCGCGAUGCAUCGGCCCCCGUUGAAAGAGAAUCGAAUGGAGGAUUCGGCGACCGAGACCAGUUCCCGGGUGUGGGCUGAGGUGUGGAACGAAGGGGCGAGCAAUGAAAGCGAAGCCAUUUUGCUACAUUUAAACGGCAUCAUCGGUCUCGUGGAAGCUGGGUUGAAUUCGAAGUCAAAUUUGAAGAAAGUACAGACUGGACUCAUGAUCAUCAGCAUCGCCGAGAAAGCGGGGCAGGAUCUGGAUCCACUUACGUUAUGCUAUUUUACUCAAGUCCUGAAUGAUGAAAUCGAUGGUAAAUUUUGGCCGGGUAAAGAAAUUAUGCUCCAAGCCUUGGCUGCUGUUGCUCAUCACGGCGCUCUCGUGAUAAGCUGUAAUACGGAUUUGGGAGAGAAAAGCGUUGACCUGGUUUUGAUGGAAAUGAAGAGGAUCAAGACGUGUAUGUCCUACCGACGGGAAGCUAUUGCUGUGGCGGGCAUCUUGAUAGAUCUCCUGCAGCUGGACCGUUUCGAUGAGCUGUGGGACCUCGUGCUACCGGCUGUGAUGGAGCCGCAGUCCACGUCGAACACGACGCUCGAUUCCUCGGACAGCGCACGUGGCGUUGAGUGCGUGCAGGAAGCGGCCUGGUCGGCGUUGCGGUUAGCGUGGCCCUAUGGACCGCGGGACGUGAAGCGACUCAUGCCGAUGCUGGACACGCUGGUCGACAGGGUAACGUCGUCCACGGUGCCCGUCAUGGCGGCCAUGACAUCCUGCAUGGAAGUCAUUUUUAAUGACGCCUUUGAGGAACGCGGAGCCUUCAGCAUAGCUGGCGUCGGCAAGGAUGCGUUUGGCAAGGUCCUGCACCUGGCUGCCCAGUUUUGUCGUCACGUCAUCGUACACAAGAGCUAUACAACAAUGCAAGUGAAGUCCCUGGGGAUCAUGACUCGCUGCUUGAUCGAGAUGAAAGAUCCCGCUGAUGCAGAGAUCAGCCUUCAUCUCACAGACAUAGCUUCAAAAAUGCAGGCAACCGUUGCAUUUGACGAUGUCCCAGAAAUCGUGAGUGCAGUCGGAAAACUAGCGUCUGCGUUACCAGCGUCUGCAACGUCGAAAACCCCGUCGACCAACGCCGUCUCCAAGUGUAAGAAAAUGACGCAUCAUCCCCAAAAGCGUCCGCUGGAUGACACCGACGGUCCAAUCGGCGACGGAGACUGAGCUUGGGGCGCCGUUAUCCCUUUUGUGCUUUUUCUUCUUGGAAGAAGGAUGGCUACUUCGAAAAAGCAAGCUUCCUUCAGUGAGAGCUUUUGUAUCUCCCCCAUUGCGCGGUGAUGAAUUCGGGACGGAACUGUAAGGACGCUUUUUAACAAUGGAAGUCGCCAUCUUGUUGUCUGUGGCAGGAUAUUCUUUAAGGGAAGAUGAGAGGAGAGCUCCGGCGUCCUUUUUUUUGCGGCUGGAAGAAAGAUGUGAUCAACUGAGUUUUGUUUAGUCUACUGGCCUUGCUUUUUGAUAUUUAUUUGGAAAAAUUCGAGUGAUCCAUCUUGCGCGAUAUUUCACGGGCUGUUUGUGGUUAAGCUGUGCAAAGGUUUUGUUCAGGUGGCUUGUUGGCGAUUGUUUUACGAGAGUCAGCAACGUUGUUCAUUGACAGUGAUCACGUGCUCUGCAAAGGUGGUGUUUUUUCGUCUUCGGAGUUAUAUUUGAUUGGUUCAUUAGUUCCGUUGAGAGUGAUCCUUCUGACGCUUUUUUUUUUUCGCUUCGUGCAUUGUGUGAAAUUAACGGAAAUGAAGGCUGAGCUCAGGAUGCGUUGAUGCCAAAGUGAA